AGUACUCGUGUGCCCGCCAGUGGGAGGUUUAUAAACGCUGGCCAUGACCUAUAGAGGAGACGUCUAUUUCGUGCCCGUACUGUAUCCGUUUUUCGUGAUUGCACAUGUUGGCAUGCUAUAAGUUUAAUUAAGGGCAAUCCAUAUUUACUUAUUGAGUUAUCUCACCUCGUUGUUCUCAUCCACCAUUUCAGGUAGUGUGCCCCGAGACUCGGAAAUCAAGGGGAGUGACGUGAUAAAAGGCUAGUCACUUGAGAUUUGACAUAGAUUUUAGAUACAUGUACACCACGCUCUUGUAAGUUAGAUCUUAAUUGGAAAUUUUAUGGUAUCAAAACUGAUUUUGUUCAGUAAGUUUCGAGCCUUGUGCAUUUGUGGAACCCGUCUCACGAGUGUACGGCGUCUGUCGCGCCUCGAAUUCGGGUUUUGGGGCGUGACACAAGCAAUAGUCCCUAUAUACUACAAGUCAAAUGAUGAGAAAAUCAACUUUUUUGAACUACGAGAUCUAAACCCCCUUCCACUCACCAAAGCAACUCUUAAAUUAUGAAUUAAGAGUUUUGAAGCUAACCCCUUAGGCAUUGUUGUCUCUUUCUCCCUCAAUGGUUAGGGUAGAUUAAAGGUGAGAGUUUUCUUCCCACUUAUGAGAGUUUCUUCCUCUCUUGUGAACGUUUCUAAGGGUUUCUACCUUGACUUUUUUGAUAGCUUUUAUCAAAAUUCAUUUUUGUUGGAGGAGGAUGGCGACUUGAAUGCGAUAUUGGUUGGACUCUAGAUUAGUUGUCACAUUUGUUUUGAUUGUUGAGGGCAUGGUUGGGGAUGGAAUCCCUAGCUAAAUUUUUUUACC